AUGGCGAACCGGGUCUACGACGCCUGCUCCGGACUUACUUAUAACAACGUUCCGCUUAGCUCACUGAUCAAGGACGCGGGAGGGUUCAUGUCAGACGCCAUGACGAGCAUCGUGAAGAUGGCGACUGGGCUGACGGACGUGGCCAUCAACGUCGACAAGACAAAUGGCAAAUGCUACAGUGGUCCCAAGGCGCUUCCGAAGUCUACCUCUUGCUGCGAUAACAUGACUGUGCCUGGAAACUGCCCUGCUGGCGUGGUUGACGCCAACCAGUUCAGCCAGUCGCUUGGGAAGAUUAAGAGCACUGCGACGUGUGGAAAUGCUACAGCGGCAUCCCCACCACCGCCCCCAAAGAGUGCUAAUGUUGCCACCGUUUCCCUUGUGACGCUAGUGUGCAUGUUUGCAGGCAUGAUGCUGAUUUAA